AUGUACUCCGACCCCAAGAACUUCACCGGCGGCUGGGUUGGAGCCGACGUGUGCUCCUACUUCGGCGUCACGUGCGUCCCGGCCCUCGACGACGCCAAAACCACCGUCGUCGCGGGCAUCGACCUCAACGGCGGCGACAUCGCGGGGUACCUCCCCGCCGAGCUCGGCAUGCUCACCGAUAUCGCCUUCUUCCACAUCAACUCCAACCGCUUCUGCGGCAUCAUCCCCAAGAGCUUCAGCCGCCUCGCGCUCCUCCACGAGCUCGACGUCAGCAACAACCGCUUCGUCGGCGGGUUCCCGGACGUCGUGCUGCAGAUCCCCGUGCUCAAGUACCUCGACCUCCGGUUCAACGACUUCGACGGCACCCUGCCGCCGCAUCUCUUCGACAAGGACCUCGAUGCCAUCUUCGUCAACAGCAACCGCUUCGUCGGCUUCAUCCCGGACAACUUCGGCAACUCGACGGCCACGGUGGUGGUGCUCGCGAACAACGCCUUCGUGGGAUGCAUCCCUCGCAGCGUCGGCCGCAUGGCCGAGACGCUUGAUCAGCUCAUGCUUCUCAACAACCGCCUCGACGGCUGCAUCCCGCCUGAGCUCGCCGAGCUCGUCAACUCCACGGUGGUGGACGUCAGCGGGAACGCGCUCGUUGGCACGCUACCGGAGGGGCUCGUCAACAUGACCAGGUUGGAGCAGCUCGACGUGUCGCGGAACCAGCUCGCCGGCGCCGUGGCAGAGCGUGUCUGCAAGCUCCCGGCUCUCGCCAACUUCAGCUUCGCGCACAACUUCUUCAGCGUCGAGGCAGAGGCGUGCAUGCCGUCUGAGGACUCGCCGGUGGAGCUCGACGACAGCGGCAACUGCCUCGGUGGCGGACGCCCGGAGCAGAAGCCAUCGCCUGAGUGCGCACCUGUGCUCGCAAACCCCGUCGACUGCCGCACGAACGUCUGUUCCAAGGGGCCUGCGCCACCAGCAAAGAAGGUUGUUCCCAGGCCACCAGACGUUAGUCCACAGCCGUUGCCGCCAGCGCCAUCACCGGAGAAACAACCACCAAAGAAGUCCCCACCACCACGCCCGGUGAGCUCACCACCACCGCCAGCACCGAUUAGUUCGCCGCCUCCACCAGUGAAAUCUCCACCGCCACCGGCACCUAUUAGCUCGCCUCCCCCACCUAUCAAAUCCCCUCCACCACCGGUUCUGGUUAGCUCACCACCACCACCACCAGUAAAAUCACCCGCACCUCUAGCACCGGUGAGUGCACCACCUCCACCAGUGAAAUCCCCUCCACCACCACCGGUGCCGGUGAGAUCACCUCCACCGCCAGUGAAAUCACCACCUCCUCCAGCACCGGUAAGUUCGCCGCCGCCACCUAUAAACUCGCCUCCCCCACCGCCUCCAGUAAGCUCACCACCACCUCCAGUGAAAUCCCCUCCACCACCUGCACCUGUAAAAUCACCUCCUCCACCGACUCCAGUGAGCUCACCACCGCCUCCGGUGAAAUCCCCUCCACCACCUACUCCAGUCAGCUCACCACCACCACCAGUAAAAUCACCUCCUCCACCCGCUCCAGUGAGCUCACCACCGCCUCCUCGUGAAAUCCCUCCACCACCUGCUCCAGUCAACUCACCGCCACCACCUGUAAAAUUACCUCCUCCGCCGGCUCCUGUGAAUUCACCACCGCCUCCGGUGAAAACCCCUCCAUCACCGGCACCAGUUAGCUCACCACCACCACUUGUAAAAUCACCUCCCCCGCCAGUUCCAGUGAGCUCACCACCUCCACCGCCAACUCUGGUAAGAUCUCCACCUCCGCCGGUGAAGUCCCCACCACCAGCAGCUCCAGUAAGCUCUCCACCACCACCAGUGACCUCUCCACCUCCACCAACACCUGUGAGCUCACCACCUCCUCCAGUAAAGUCCCCUCCUCCACCUGCACCGAUCAGCUCUCCACCCCCACCAGUCAAAUCCCCACCACCACCUGCUCCAGUGAGCUCACCGCCUCCACCGUCUGUCCCAUCACCACCUCCACCAGCACCAUCAUUAACUCCACCGCCGGCUCCUGAGGAAUUCAUCUUGCCACCGAUCAUGGCGCAGCAGUACGCGUCGCCGCCGCCGCCUCAGUUCCAAGGAUACUAA